AUGGUCAUAUCAACACAGAUUUCUAGGCUGGAUGGCCUUAUGCUGGCUGCUUCAGUGGACAAUGAACAGGCUGAGUCGGAGCUUUCAGAUGUCAAGUCGCAGACCAAACAGAUAGUUGCACGGUUAAACCGCAACUCAGAGCAGCAAGCUAGCAUAUCCUCAGGCCGUUACAGUCUACAUUACAUUAUUCAGGACGACAUCUGCUUCCUAUGCAUCGCGGACCAGUCGUAUCCCCGCAAAUUAGCUUUCACAUAUCUCUCAGAUAUCGCGUCCGAGUUCUUCACCACCUAUUCUCCGACGCAGUACCUUUCCUCCACUUUACGACCAUAUGCCUUUGUUGAGUUUGACUCGUUUAUCCAGCGCACCAAGAAAACGUAUCAAGAUAGUCGAGCAACCCAGAAUAUCAAUAAAUUGAACGACGAGCUCAAAGAUGUGACCAAGGUCAUGACGAAGAAUAUAGAAGAUCUCUUGUACCGGGGUGACAGCCUGGAGCGCAUGGGAGAGAUGUCUGGAAGACUGCGGGAGGACAGCAAGAAAUACCGAAAGGCGGCUGUUCGAAUAAACUGGGAAUUGCUGAUUAAACAGGUAGGGCUGCCUGUUUUAUUCGUCUGUCAUGCGCUGUUGAGGCUCUCGUACUAA